AAGUGGGUUGAGCAAUGGGCACCACUAAACAAUCACGUUAUCCCAGCCGCAAGCAAAGAAACAGAGGAGAUAACUAUAGAGAGAUAAAGUGGCGGUAUACAUACACAAAAGACAGUCAUUACAUAAACUACACCACUACAUAUUGAGAGAGAGAGAGAGAGAGAGAGAGAGAGAGAGAGGCAGACCAACUCCCAAUGUCAAGCAACCAUAGCUAGAGCAACAUCUAUGCCAUUCAGGAUGGAUGUUAUCUAAUGAUUGUUCAGACGAACACUCAUCUGAGGCAGGGAAUAGUUGGCGUUACGUGCUUCCGUCAAAGGGAACGUCAUUAUUCCUACAGAUUAACAUGGACGGUUUCACAUUUGCCAGCUUGCCUAGAUGCCCUAUAUCUAACAAGAAAUAAUAAGCUCCAUUCUCAAGAAAACAUCGUACACAAAGGUUUUAAAUAUACGAGGAUGUCAUCUGAAAUCAUGGAUAGACCAGGAAGCAAUGUGGUCACCAAAGAAAACUUGAGUGACUUACCUCUUUCAUCUGCAUAUGAAACUGCCAUGGAAGCACUUUCCUCUCUCAUUACUCGCCAAAAACGUGGUGAUAAAACUCCUGUUGGGGGUACAUACGAAAAAUUGGAUAGGAUGUUGAUGUAUAUUAAGAUUCUUGGCUUGGAGGAACAUAUCGCUGACCUUAAGAUUAUCCAUGUUGCUGGGACUAAAGGAAAGGGUUCAACAUGCACAUUCUGUGAAGCAAUUUUACGGGAGUGUGGUUUUAGAACUGGACUCUUUACUUCCCCUCACCUAAUUGAUGUGAGAGAAAGAUUCCGUCUGGAUGGGUUAAACAUAUCAGAAGAUAAAUUUUUACUGUAUUUUUGGGAUUGUUGGAACCAAUUGAAGGAAAAUAUUUCAGAGGGCUUGCCAAUGCCUCCGCUUUUCCAGUUUCUUACUGUAUUGGCAUUUAAGAUAUUUGUAGCUGAAAAGGUAGAUGUCGCUAUUAUUGAGGUUGGUCUUGGAGGGAAAAAGGACUCAACAAAUGUGAUCAAGAAACCUGUUGUUUGUGGCAUUACUCCUUUGGGUAUGGAUCACAUUGAAGCAUUGGGAGACACACUUGGAAAGAUUGCUUCACACAAAGCUGGAAUUUUCAAGCCUCAAAUUCCUGCAUUCACGGUACCACAACUCUCUGAAGCUAUGGAUGUUCUUCAGGAAACAGCGCGCGAACAGAUGGUUCCUUUGGAGGUUGCGGCACCCCUUGACCCUAAGACAUUGGGUGGCCUAGAGUUAAGCUUGUCUGGUGAUCAUCAGUUUGUCAAUGCUGGGCUUGCUGUUUCCCUUUGCAAAAGCUGGCUUCGAAAUACAGGGAACUGGGAAAAGCUAUUCCAAGAUGAAAGCCAGGAAAACAACUUGCCUGAUGCAUUUCUGAGAGGCCUUUCAACUGCACAUCUUUCUGGAAGGGCUCAAACUGUUUAUGAUCCUGUUCUGACGUCUCACAGUUCUUCAGAAGGGAUGGCAAGCUCUUCCGGAGAUCUUAUUUUCUUCUUGGAUGGAGCUCAUAGUCCAGAGAGCAUGGAGGUUUGUGCCAGAUGGUUCUCUAACGCUGUGAAAGUGAACAAGGAUCUACCUCCGUCAUCUUCAUUUAAAGUUGGGAAAGUAGAGGAGCUACACAGAAAUGGAUUCUGUCACCCCGAUAACGAGGAAGAAUUGGCCAAAAUAUCGAAACGGAUUCUUUUGUUCAAUUGCAUGGAGGUGCGAGACCCUCAAAUUCUUCUUCCGCAGCUUGUGCAUGCAUGUGCUUCCUCAGGUACUCAUUUCUCUAAAGCCAUUUUUGUGCCAAGUAUGUCAACAUACAACAAGGUUACUUCUGGUGCCUCAGUCAUUCCCCCAGAUAUUCAUGUCAGGGACUUGUCAUGGCAACUCAACCUCCAGAGAAUAUGGGAGAAGUUAAUUCACGGCAAAGAUGCUGUGCUUGACAUGAGUCCCAAGAUGGAUGGCCCAGAAAACUUGCCACCGCACGAGUUCCUCUAUGAUAAUUUUUCUGAUUGCAAUUCUGUGGCUCGAAAUUUUGCUUGCAGUGCAGUGAUUCCUUCAUUACCACUGGCAAUAAAUUGGUUAAGGGAUUGUGCUAGAAAAAACCCUUCCCUUAGGAUUCAGGUUCUUGUUACCGGGUCAAUACAUUUGGUUGGAGAUGUAUUAAAGCUGCUGAGGAGAUGAUACAGAUUUGAUCUUGAAGGUGCUGCAAGUACCCAUUUGUUACCCAACUAUUAUUCUUUGCUCGUUUGCCUCGACUUUUUUUUUUUGCUUUUCUGUUUCUUUUCUCCGAUUAUUAUUCAUGGUGUAACAUUAAGCCUGGUUAUACUAAUAAACUCUGUUGUUAUUUAAUUUCAAAAUUAAUUGAUCUGAAGUGUGCAGACUUAAAUUA